AAAUUACGUCUUAAACGCGUCUUCUCUGAGAGAAAAAAAAAUUUAAUGUUUCGGGAUUUGGGCGACCAAAGAAAGAAGAAGAGUCAUCACGGAGAUUUGUUUGUUUACAAGUAGCUUCGAGAUGGCGGCAGUAAGCCUAACAGGUGAAGAACAUGAAGUGACAAGGAUAGAGCGCAUCGGUGCUCACUCUCACAUCCGGGGUCUUGGUCUGACGGAUGAUUUAAAUGCUAAACCAUCUGCCCAAGGAAUGGUUGGCCAAGUCAAGGCAAGGCGAGCUGCUGGUGUGGUACAGAGUAUGAUUAAAGAAGGGAAACUAGCUGGUCAAGCUGUCCUUAUAGCUGGCCAGCCAGGUACUGGAAAAACUGCCAUAGCCAUGGGAUUGGCUCAGUCAUUAGGUCCAGACACACCAUUUACGGCAAUUUCUGCAACAGAAAUAUACAGUUUGGGUAUGUCCAAGACAGAGGUGUUGACACAGGCAUUCCGUCGGUCUAUUGGUGUUCGCAUCAAAGAGGAGACUGAAAUUAUUGAAGGUGAGGUUGUAGAAGUCCAGAUCGACAGACCUGCAACUGGGACUGGUGCCAAAGUAGGAAAGCUGACCUUGAAAACCACAGAAAUGGAGACCAUUUAUGAUCUUGGCAACAAACUGAUUGAAGCUCUUACAAAAGAAAAGGUACAAGCUGGUGAUGUUAUAACUAUUGACAAGGCCACUGGAAAGAUUACAAAACUAGGGCGCUCUUUCACACGUGCCAGAGAUUAUGAUGCGACAGGACCACAGACAAGGUUUGUCCAGUGUCCCGAGGGUGAAUUACAGAAACGAAAGGAAGUGGUUCAUACAGUUACCUUACAUGAGAUUGAUGUGAUUAACAACAGAACACAGGGAUUUCUUGCCCUUUUCUCAGGUGACACAGGUGAAAUCAAAGGUGAAGUUAGACAGCAAAUCAAUGCAAAGGUGGCAGAGUGGAGAGAAGAAGGCAAAGCUGAACUUGUACCUGGGGUUUUGUUCAUAGAUGAGGUUCAUAUGCUUGACAUAGAGUGUUUCUCAUUCUUGAAUAGAGCUUUGGAAGAUGAUAUGGCCCCUGUGGUCAUAGUUGCCACAAAUCGUGGAAUAACUCGCAUCAGGGGGACAAGGAAUCUCUCUCCUCAUGGCAUCCCAAUUGACAUGCUGGAUCGCAUGAUUAUCGUCAAAACGUCUCCUUAUCAAGAUAAGGAAAUCAAAGAAAUUCUCAAGAUCAGAUGUGAAGAAGAAGAUUGUGAAAUCAGUGACGAGGCUCUUGUCGUCCUUACGAAAAUUGGUGUCGAAACUUCUCUGCGAUAUGCUAUACAGUUGAUUACCCUGGCAAACUUAGCAGCUACUAAGAGAAAGGAGAAACAGAUAACAAUACCAGACGUGAAAAAAGUAUACCAGCUAUUUGUUGAUGAGAAGCGCUCUCAGAAGUUCCUCAAGGAGUAUGAAGAUGAAUUUAUGUUUGAUGAAGGAACAGACAACGACAUGGAAACAAGCUGAUUGAAGAAAUUUUAGCAAGUGUACAUCUCAUUCACAUUUAGAUAAUAUAGCUAAACAAAAAACUUAUUACAGUGCUGAUCAGUAUUUGAAAUUGGCAUUCCAGUGUUCGGUUAUGAAGAUAAUUUCAAUUAAAAUAUAGACAGCCCAA